AUGUGACCAAAGUCAUGUGGAAAGAUAAAAUUUAGAAAAUAAAAUCGCCAAAAUAGACAUUGAGUGGAAUCUUGGAUGUUAGCAAUCGAGGUUAUUGUAGAAUAAAAUGAAUCCCACCUGUACACUUCUUCUCCACGUAUUUAUUUUGUUCAACAUUUGGGUCAAAUCCCAAUGUGGUGCUACGCUACAGCAGAUCUAUAGAUAUGAAAUACAAAAUAAUGCAGGUAAUUUUUCAAAAAUCGUCUUGGCUCAAUUAGCCAUUCAGUUCAAGUUGUUGACUUAAAAUGAGUUGACUAAUACUAAUUACUAAUACUAAUACCGGUACUAAUAAAUUAUUAGUAAUAAAAAAUGUAUAAGUUAUAAGUAUUCACAAAAGCAGCCUCAGUAGUUUAGAUGCCUUAGCCUUAAUCAUCAUAAAUAUGUUUUAUAUAAUUCAACAUCUGACUCAAUUAGACUCAUGAUGACAAUUUUAAGAAUAAUAAGAAAAUAGGCCUAGAACAAUUUAAUAUUAUUUAAACUGAGUGACUAUUUAAAUUUAAAAUUUAACUAUUUUAUUUGCAUUAUUGGUGUUAUUACUGUUCAGGGUUGUCCAUUAAUUAUGUCAACAUGAUGGGGUUGGGGGGGGGGUGGGAGGGGGAGGGGGAAGUUGGAAAUGUUUAACAAUUGUUGACAAGGGGGGAGGGGGGGGGCUAGAUUAGUUGAUGCCAACAAUCAUGUUUUCUUUAUUAAAAUUUUUAUCUUAAUAAUUGACUGGUUCUUAUAUUAUUUUAACAAAUUUAAUGAGUGUCAAUUAAAAUAGGCUUUUACUUUUAACAAUAUAAGAUUUAUUUAUGUGUGUCUGUCUGUGCACUGCAGAUGGCUGGUUAGAAUGCAGUGCAAGGUUAGUGCAAGAGAAGUCAAAAGUUGGCCUCUCUUCGCCUGUAGAUUCUGUUUGUCGCAAAUGACUAGGGCGGUAUGUUAGCGAUCGUGUUGCAGGUAUGGAACAAGGAUAUGCAAAUGAAAAGGGGGGUAUGUUAGCGAUCGUGUUGCAGGUAUCGAACAAGGAUGAGGUUCAAGUGUCACGUGCAGUCAAGAUAAAUGCAGUCAAGGAAUACAAUAUUUUGAGAAUAAGGGGAAAGUAAAGUGAGUAACAAUAAUAACAACGCUGCUUGAAAGGAUUUGCAAAAUCUGUAACAUCUAUUUUGCACCACAAGUUAUGUUGAAAUAGCCUGUUCAACAGCACCAACAAUGCAUAAGAAAUUACCACCUGCUCCUCAACAAAAAAAGAUUCGACUAAUGCAAUUAGCUGCCAGGAGACAGAGAGAGCUUAUGGCAAUUAUUGCUCACACACUGACAAUACUCCAUUUUAAAUGCUGAAUGGUUAGAUGAUGAUGAUUUUGACUUGUCUGGUAUAUCAGUUCUGCAAGAUGAAAAUCAUAAAUCAGCUACUACGCCAAUUUUUACAAAAGAGCAACACCUGGCUACUCCCUGAGAAGAUGAUAGCAACUAGAAACUAUGCUAAUAGUUAGCUAUUAGCUAUACUGACAAUUAUCAUAUUUAUGCUUCCACAAAAAAUGAUGUUUAGUCUUUAGCAACCUUUUCAUUGAUUCUCUAUUAUAUGAUUUAAGUGUAAAACUGUUUUAAAUUGUUGAUUAACAAGCUAAAGAUACAAUAAAAAUGUUUUUCCUACAAUGUUGUGUUAUUAAAAUAGAUCAGCACAAAGUAAAAUGUAUAUAUUAUAAUUAUUUAUUUUUUUGGUGGGGAGGUUUAUAAAAAUGUUCACAUUAUAACUUGGGGGGGUGGGGGGUGUCUUUGAAAAUUUGACAGUGUUGAUGGGGGGGGGGGGGGGGGGAAAAAAAAAAUAGCUUAAAACUUGUUGACGUAAUUAAUAGAAGCCUCCUCCUUAUGAAUAAAAUGUUAGUCUAAUCAGGACAAAUCUAGUACUCUCAAACAGUGUUUUCCAAAUGUUUGGUGGACCAGUGGACAAGUUUUUCUUUGCACCAGGGACUGUUCCAAAUUUAUUAAUUACUGUUUUUGUGUGCAAGACUCUCACAGUGAAUGAAACUAUAUGUUUACUGCAUGCAGGUGCUAUCACUUUAAUUUGUACAACCCCCAACUAAUGCAAUACAAAAUUUGAAAUACAGAAUGUAUUUGCCAAAAACGGUUCUGAACUAUUUAUUCAUGCAGAUUAUUAUAGUUCAAAUACAAAUAAGUCAUCAAAUAUGUCACAUAUUUUUGUUUAUGCUUAAAAGAUUUUAUUAUAUCUUUUACUAGAUUCUGUUUUUCAAGGGAGCAUCUCGCAGGCAGAGCCAAAACAGGCUUGGGAUUAUGUUACUGUGCGUCCAAAAGCCCAUCUCUUUUACUGGCUAUAUUACACAACACAUUCUCAAGGCUAUAAUAACAGGCCGCUCAUACUGUGGUUACAGGUAAUCCUCAUAACUGGCAAUUUGUACAGGAAAUCGGUAGUUUACAUGAUCAUUAAAUUUAGUAUUCAAUUUCCAGGGAAGCUCCAAAACAAAACUGCUGGCCCUCUUCUAAUCUUUAUCACAGAUAUCAAAUAGUAUCCCUCUUUUUUUUAAAAAAGCAAAACAAACUUUAAAAGAUAUGCAAUUAAAUAUAUUAAACUAAUUAAUUUUUUUAAAAGUCACGUUACAGUAUAUUGUAAUGAUAAUGAAUGAGUUAGAUUUACAUGUAUACUGUAUCAUUUACUUUGAAUAUUAAGGAAGCCACUCUGGCAGUUUUGUACCAUCAAUUUGAAAUAUCAAGACUGUCCUUUAAUAAUAGCCUGGUAUAUCAUACAAAAAAAAUUGUUUUUUGCCAUAAGUUAAUGGUUCUAUUAAUAAUUUAAAUUGUAAUUAAACAAGCCCACAUCUGGUUGUUGUUUAAUUUAAUCAUGAAAAUGUCAUUUCUAAGCCUUGGAUACAAUUUCACUCAAUAUUUCUGUGUUUUUUAUUUUUUAAGAUGUAGCUAUCUAGAUGUAUCAUAGAAAACUUUUUUGAAUACAGUAAAAAUAAUGAAAAAGUAAAAGUAAAAAAAUAUGAGAAUCUUUAUGUUCAUUUUUUGUUCAAAUAUUAAAGAAUUUACUUAAAUAUUAAAGAAUUUACUUAAAUUUAACUAUGAACUUUUUCUAAAGGGAGGUCCUGGUGGCUCAGGGACAGGAUUUGGAAACUUUGGAGAAUUAGGUCCGCUAGAUGUCAACUUGAAUCCAAGGAAUACAACAUGGGUAGGUGAGUGAAGCUACCAAACAAAGGUAGUUGUCUGAGAUACAAGGAAGUGUUGCAUUUUUUAUAUUCAUUUCUCUAGUGUAUAUAAAAUUAAAAUUGUUUGUUGGUAGAAUUUUUAAAAAUUUAUAUUUGAAUGUUGUUUUGACUAUUUUUGUUUAUACAAUUUUUCUAUAAACAUUAACACCUUACUUAUAAAAAAAAGUCUUUAAAGUUCAUCUGAAAGUCAUUUUUUUUAUAAUUGAAACAGCUCCAGACUGCAAGCCUUCUUUUUAUUGACAAUCCAGUGGGAACCGGUUACAGCUACGCCGAAGAUGAGUCGGCAUUUACAACCAAUGUUGCUGAAAUCUCAGCAGACCUUUUAACAUUAAUGAAACAUUUUGUGCAGACCUAUCCGGACUUUAAGGUUAGUUUUGCAGCACUUAUGGAGGGCUCCUGACUGUUUGUAAUUAAACUUAUAAAUUUGAGCAAAUGUCUGAUUAUGUAUUAAAGCAUAAAGAAGACAGCAGAAAAAUGAAGAAAGAUUUUUGUUUUAUCUCAUAUCAAGGUUGUUAUUCUGACAGUUAUAAGAUCAACAAUCCAUGAAUAGUUAUAACAUUGUUAAUAGAAAUGGUAGCUGUAAGGAUAUGAGUAGAAUGAUAGUUGAAAGAUUGUCUACAGGAAAGUUGUAAGAUUGUUAACAUUACAAAAUGUUUAAAUUAGAAAAAUAGUAUGCAGUAGUAUUUAUUUCUACUUUACAGAGGAUACCAUUUUAUAUUUUUUCUGAAUCCUAUGGUGGGAAAAUGACAGCUGCCUUCAGUGCUGUUCUGUAUGCUGUGAGUGAUGUUUAAAGAUUUUACUUGAUUUCACUAGUUUCAAGAAGAACAUUAAACAAGAGAUGACUUUAAAUUACCCGGUAUUAUAGGACUCUAUAAACUUUCAUUAGAAUUUAUUGAUUUUUUUUUAGUUCUUUAUAGGUUACUUACAUAUCAAUAGGCAUCUAACAAUAUAAUUUCAAAUUAAUAUUCCUUCAUUUUUUAUAGGUAGGAAAUAUGGCAUUUAAAUUCGAAAAUUCGCUGAUUAUUAUUAAGCCAUUAUUUUUAAUGAAUGCAUGUUUUAAAGAUGAUAGAGUACCCCUUACCCGUACUCAAUAAAUAUAAAUUAAUUCAUGGCUAAAUGUUUGCAACUCUUCCAUUUGGCAGGAGAUUCAAAAAGGUGGCAUUGACAUGAACUUCAAGGGUUUUGCAAUGGGUGACUCAUGGAUAUCCCCUGUUGAUUCAACAAAUUCCUGGGGGCCAUUUUUGUAUGCCACUGUAUGUUAACUUCAUAUUUUAAAAUUUUGAUGUUUAAAAAAAAAAAAAAUUUUGCUAAGAAUAUGUUAAAAUUCUUGGGUUUAAUUCUUUUUCCUAUACAUAGGGGCUUAAAUCUUUGUUUUGUUCAAGUAUUAUAAAUGAAGGACUGCAUUCAAGCUGUGUGAAGUAAAUAGAAGAAAAGGCAUGUGGAAGCUUGAAUUGAAAGACAGGACAAUAAGAUAUAAGCUUAUAGAAGCAAGCUAAACACUUUAGUUCUAUUUCUUGUCCUAUUUUCAUCUGUCCUAUCUACUGAGGAAGGAUGUUAGCCGAAACGUUCUUAUCUUACUGUCCUGUCUUUCAAUUCAAGCUUCCACAUACCAGGUUCUAUUUCCUUCUUUUAUGUUAACAAACGAGUCUCAGGCUAUAGCAAGAGCAUUUCUUUGAUAACACAUAUAUUUUACCUAAAGAAAAUAACAACCAGAGAUACUAUAAUUGAUGAGCCGCUAACACCCAGUUUAAAAAUAUAAGUUCAGGUGACAUGUGCAAAAGAUGCAGUGCUUGUAUAGCUCUGGAUUACAUUUUACUUUUAUAUUUACUUUCACAUAAUUCAUGAUAUUGAAAUUAAUUUUCAAUGUUUAAAAUAUUUUUUUUAUAACUGCAGUCUAUUGUUGAUAUUGCUGGAUUGGGUAGAAUUAAUGCAGCAGCCAAGAAAGCAGAAGACUUGGUAAAAGAAGGUAUUUUGGGGCUACCAUAUAUAUAUAUCUAUAUUCGUUCAUAAGCAGACUGGGGAAUGAGUGAGGUGUUCUACUUUUAAAAAACAAUGAAGGCAAAAAAAAAUAAUAAACCAAAUUUUAAAAAAGCUGUAUGUAAACUUUGCAGGGAUAAAAAUUGGUUCUUUUGCAACUGCUGUGAUUGGUAAAGCUAAGGGGAUCAGCUUAUGAACAAGUAUAAAAAAUAAUAGUUGAGACCAUUUCUUCACUUCUUAUACUUGUAGCCAAAUUGUGACACUCUAAUCACUAGUCGUUUUUUAGCCAUGGUUCAAUAGAGCCCAGUUAUAGUAAUUUAAAAACUGCCUAUUUUUUCUGUUGAAAGAAAGUUCCUUGUUUCCAAAGGAAAGUUCGCCGAAGCUACUGCAGCCUGGAGUUUAACUGAAAGUGUUGUCGCUGCUGAAAGUGCGGGUGUAAAUUUCUAUAACAUUCUAGAGUGGGACAGUGAAGACUCCAAGAGAUUCAACUCAGUACUGACCAGUUCAAAAGAUCCCAUUGGUUUGUUGGCUACUUUUGCUAUAAAUAUGUAAAUAAGAAGGAAUAUGCCCUGUCUGGACGCUUGCCCAUAUUUAGUUUCAUGUUUAAAAAAAUUUACACUGGUAUGUUCAAAUAUAAACUCAGGAUAACUGCUCUGAAAUAAAAUUAUUUAAAUUCAAAUACAAAUACCCUGGUACAUUGUUUAAAUAGGAAUAUUUAUGAGGAAAUGGCUGUUUCACACCUCUUUCAUGCCUGUUUAAUGCCUAUUUCAUGGCAAGCUUUAAUGAUAAUUUUACAGAAUACAAAAGUAUACGUUUCGGCACAUGCCUUCAUCAGUACAACAAAAAGACAAACAAGUAUAAAUUAAAUUUACAUAAUAUAUAUAUAUAUACAGAUAUUCUACCUAAAAAAAGGGGGAAGGAGAAAAAAUUGGAGUGGGCGAAAAAAACAGACAGAAGCAAAGUAAAGUAAAGUGUAAAGGAAGUGAUUUGAGCAAAAUUGUAAAAACCAAACAGGAAAAAAGAUAUGGCAGCUAGGUAAACUUGUGGAUUUGGUUUAUUCCAUAUGGAGACAACGUACCAAAUCGUGUUAUUAAUUUAUUCUCCAUGUAUAUCCUAUCUGUUGUCAUGAAAGUGGCAUGAAACAGCCAUGAAAAAGGCAUGAAACAGCAAUGAAACAGCCAUGAAAGUGGCAUGAAACAGCCAUGAAAGUGGCAUGAAACAGCCAUGAAAGUGGCAUGAAACAGUCAUGAAAGUGGCAUGAAACAGUCAUGAAAGUGGCAUGAAACAGCCAUGAAAGUAGCAUGAAAGAUGAAUGAAAGUGGCAUGAAACAGCCAUGAAAGUGGCAUGAAACAGUCAUGAAAGUGGCAUGAAACAGUCAUGAAAGUGGCAUGAAAGUGGCAUGAAACAGUCAUGAAAGUGGCAUGAAAGUGGCAUGUAACAGCCAUGAAAGUAGCAUGAAAGAUGAAUGAAAGUGGCAUGAAACAGCCAUGAAAGAGGCUUGCAACAGCCAUGAAAGUGGCAGGAAAGAGGCAUAAAACAGUCAUGAAAGGGGCAUGAAAGUUGCAAGAAACAGGCAUGAAAGAGGUAUGAAUCAGGCAUUAAAGUGGCAUGAAAGAGGUAUGAAACAGGUAUGAAACAGCAAUGAAAGAUGAAUGAAAGUGGCAUGAAACACGCAUGAAAGUGGGGUGAAAAUGGCAUGCCUAUUUUAUGCCCCUUUGAUGUCCAUUUCAUGCCUAUUUCAUGUUUUUUUUUAUUCCUCUUUCAUGCCUAUUGAAAAUAAAGUAUUGGUAGAUAUUUGUAUUUCAUAAGGGAUGAAUAUUUUAAAUUUAUUGAUGGCACAUUGUAAGAGUGAAAAGUUGAUAAACAAUGGCCACAAUCUCUCAUGCUGGCACAUGGUAAGUGAGGUUGAGUGAUAAGUUGAUAAACAAUGGCCAAAAUCUUUCAUGCUAGAAUUGGGAUUGUACUUGUGGCUGGCAAAGUACGUACUCACAAAGAGCUUGGUUUACAACACUGUCUAAUUCUUUAUGCCUCAAUAUUACAUCAAGUAAUAAUUUUUUUAUUAAAGUUGUUAUAAAUUUAUUGAGGGUCUUGCAGCAGGGAUUUCUUUAUUUUGUUACCCCAGCUUUAAAGCUUUAAUUAAUUUUAUUUUCAGAGAUGUUGUAUGAACAUCACGUCAAAAUAAUGUCACAAGGAAUGAAGCUUUAACUGAUUUCAUUUUCAGAGAGGUUGUAUGAGCAUCACGUCAAAGUAAUGCAGAAUGAUGCCUUGGAUGAGCUGAUGAACGGACCAAUUCGAAAGAAACUGAAAAUAAUACCUGAUAAAGUUAGUUGGGGAGGUAUGAUGAAUCAUUUAGAAAUACUUUACAUGUUAAUUUAUUAAUAAUGUAGUUCCUUUUUUAUUGAAUUUCAAGUUUAACUUUUUAAACAAUUUUCUGUCUUAAUUUAUUAUUAAAUCAUGCAAUAAUGUAAUAUUCAGUCCUUAUAAUAUUAAUUAGAAAUACAUAAAUUAAUAUUUAAACAAUAGGUUGCCAGAUAAAAUAGUGAAAAUAAUCAUAAGAAAUUAAUAAUUUAUGAUUUUGAAAAGUAUAAAUUAUUUCAAACUAAAUAUGUUAUUAUAUUUUUAUGUAGCAGUUGUUCUGGCGUGCAAUAAGAAGUCAUCCAUACAUGACAUCAUGCAUCUAGGGGGAGAGGGUCACAUAUUUGUGACGAGGGGGGGGGGUGGGUUAAGCAGUGUGACGUCACCUAAAGAGGUCCGAAAAAUGGCCACUGAUCUAGUUAUGGCCAUCAUGGGUAAGAAGAAUCUGUGUAGUAAUGACAAUGACAGUAGUGAGCAUUUAUGUUGAAAUGUGGAGAUGGGAGUCAAAGAAUUAGGGCUAUCGGUACCGUGUGAUGUAGGAUGUAACAAAAAUGGUUAAUGGGCGUGAUCUUAGGAAAUGUUCUAAGGCAGGGACUCUAAACCUUUUGCAGCGCUACAUCCCCACACAAUUACAAAACAUCCCCCCCCCAACACACACACACACACCACCCCUCUGAUAAAUUAUAUUGUAAUAAAAUUUUAACAAAUGAAAAUAAUUAAAUAUUUAGCUAUUGCAGGGGGUGCUUUCAGACAAGAUUAAGAACCUCUGUUAUAAAGAAAUGUUUCUGACUCAGGUGCAGUAAUCCAAUAUCCAUAGGAGGUGAUUCUUUUAAGGGUUUUUAAAAUGCAGUAGUAGAAAGGGGGAUUUUUUAUGGGGGGGUUAGCAGUGGUUUGUGACAUAUUUGAGGGUGUGUCUAAUUUUUUGUGGUGAAGUGAAGGGGGUAAAAAAAAAUCUUCAAAAUUUGCAUGACUUCAUUUAUGGAUGGCCCCCAAUUCUAGAGGUGAAUAAACAGAGGUCAGAAGUCUUACAGUAGUUACAGAGAGGGGCCUACCUUUCUGAAUUCUUUAAAUCCAUAAUGCAUAAUUUUAUUUGUAGGUCAGUCAGGGACUGUGUUUGAUAAACAAGCUGGAGAUUUCAUGAAGAAUGUGACAAGCACAGGUAUUCUUGACAGAUAAACUUUAGUUUUAGUUUAUACAAAUAUAAAUAAGGUUGUUGUUUUUUUUUCUCAUUUUAAAUAAAAAUAUAAAAACAGUGCAUUCCUUAUUGUACUGUACCUGAUAAACUAAAAUUAACCAAGUAUCAGGAGUCUAUUAGAAAUAAGGCAGUGUGAGCUGUUACAUGUGCUAAGAGAAAUAUUGAGUUCCUACAAUACUGGUAUUAAGCAUGUCACAAUUUUCUUUGUGCCUGGAAAAGACUGAAGAUGUCCAUGAGAUAAUGUUAAAGUGAUCAUCAGAGAGAGACCAAGGCUAGAGUUAAGUUUAGUGCAGUGGAUUCAGCCGCCAUGUACUGUGUCAUCAUGUUUAAGUAGGUCAUAGUGAUCAUCAGAGAGACCAAGGCUAGAGUUAAGUUUAGGGCAGUGGAUUCAGCCGCCAUGCACUCUGCCAUCAUAAACAUAGUACAAAAAAUAAGGUCCCAAAAGCCAUAAUAUAGCAAGAUAACUUUACCUUAAAAGAUCAAGAUAACUUUACCUUACAAGAUCAAGAUAACUUUACCUUACAAGAUCAAGAUAACUUUACCUUAAAAGAUCAAGAUAACUUUACCUUACAAGAUCAAGAUAACUUUAUAAUUUAAUUUCUUUUCAGUGAAUGAUCUUGUCAAUAACUCAUCGCUGAAAGUGGUCAUCUACAGCGGUCAGCUGGAUCUGAUUUGUGAUAUAUUAGGUAUGGUGUAGUUAGACCAGAACUGAAUGGUUUUAGAAAUAAUUGAUAGAUUUAAACAUUUUCUUUAAAAUAGGAUUAAGCCCACUCCUGAGCCACCCUCUGUUAAACUCCCUUAAUUUUUGUGUAUUGUGAUCGUUCAGGGUGUUUUGCAUCCUAAAUACCACAUACCCUACCAGUACUAUUUACUAAUAAAAAAACACAAGGUUCUUUAAAAAAUUUUUAGUUUUAAGUUAUCAGAGUUUGAAAUUUAACAUAAUUUUCCAGACUCUUGAGAAGUUUCUUUCAAAGUUUAGAUGAUGUACCGAUAACUUUUGAAAGAACUAUUUAGAAUCUGUUGUAAUCAAGAAUUAUUUUUAAUGGCAUCCUCUUGACUGUCAUCCUUAUAACAUUGUUUUUUUUUGUUUUUUUUAAAUGUAAUUGUAAUGUGUUCAUAGUUGUUCCUAUAAUGGUGUUCUUGCGUUUUCAAUGAAUGUCUAAAAGGCUUUUGUUCAAGCGAUCAAAUACAGUACUUUAUUAACUUUAUGAUAAGCAUGGAGGACAGGCUUGAUUUAAAUCACAGUCAGCUCAUGACUUAUGAUUUAUUUAGCUGACAUUUCAAGCUCACAGAUUUGGGAAGUAAAAGUAACAAAUGUGUGUCCUGUAUGAUGGCGCAGGGUCUAAGGUGUCAUAAUAGUUUGGUUAAAGUAAAAGCAGUCAUUAUCUUUACAAUCCCUUUAAUUGAAUAAAAAUUUUGGUGUGGAUUUAAGUCAUGUUGACAGGGAUGCAUACAAAGUACACUUGCUGUCUUUGAUGCUUGAACUAAUUAAAAAUUUUGAGGACAGCAUUUUCUCUUUCUUGAUUUCAUGAAUUGCUUUCAUAGUUACAUAUCUAUACAACAAGCUAAGAGUCUGCCUUUAACUGUUUUUGCUGUCAAGGGCUUUUUGGCAAAAAAAAAUUCACUUUCUGUUCAAGUAUUCUCCUUCUUCAGGUUUCCUUCUAUUCUUUGUAUAUUUCUUAUUGCUUCUUAUGUAUUUCUCUCCCUUGUAGUGUAGCAUGUUUGCCAAGGCUGAAAAGUCCUUUCCACCCAUUACAUGAGACAGGGGGACAAUUAUUGCAGAGCAUACAGUUUUAUUUAAUGCUCAACAAAUUACUUAUGGUCCUGAAUAAAAUUUUUCAUUUCCACUAAAUUUAACCAGUGAAGUCAAGACCAAUUAGUUAUAACAGUGUCAUUUCAAGACAGAUUAGUUAUGACAGUGUCAUUUCAAGACAGAUUAGUUAUGACAGUGCCAUUUCAAGACCGAUUAGUUAUGACAGUGUCAUUUCAAAACCGAUUAGUUAUGACUGUGUCAUUUCAAGACAGAUUAGUUAUGACAGUGUCAUUUUAAGACAGAUUAGUUAUGACAGUGUCAUUUCAAGACAGAUUAAUUAUUACAGUGUCAUUUCAAGACCGAUUAGUCAGAUUAGUUAUAAGUGUCAUUUCAAGACAGAUUAGUUAUGACAGUGUCAUUUCAAGACAGAUUAGUUAUGACAAUGUCAAUUCAAGACCAAUUAGUUAUGACAGUGUCAUUUCAAGACAGAUUAGUUAUAACAGUGUCAUUUCAAGACAGAUUAGUUAUUACAGUGUCAUUUCAAGACCGAUUAGUCAGAUUAGUUAUAACAGUGUCAUUUCAAGACAGAUUAGUUAUAACAGUCAUUUCAAGACAGAUUAGUUAUGACAGUGUUAUUUCAAGACAGAUUAGUUAUGACAAUGUCAAUUCAAGACCGAUUAGUUAUAACAGUGUCAUUUCAAGACAGAUUAGUUAUAACAGUCAUUUCAAGACAGUUUAGUUAUAACAGGGUCAUUUCAAGACAGAUUAGUUAUAACAGUGUCAUUUUAGAUCAUUUAAUACGACUGUUUAUCUUGCUCUUCUACUUCUAGGUACAGAAACUUGGUUUUACAAAAAUAUUGACAAAGCAGGAGCAUUUCAAAAGGAAAAGAAACAAGAUUUUCAAUGCGGGGAUAAGCCUGGUGUCUGUUUUUACUUGAAGGAAUAUCAAAAUUUACAGUUCUAUUGGGUGUUGGAUGCUGGUCAUAUGGUAAAUUCAUAUUUAACUCAAAUUUUUCUUAUGUGAUUUAUUUACAUUUUUUACAUUUCAUAUUUAUCCUUUCAAUAUGAGCAGAGCUAUGUUACAGAUAAAAUAUUACUUUGAUUUCAGUUAAUUCAGGGAUCAGUGUCCACUUGUGACUUGUGUCUCUAUGACUGAUUAGAACAUUGUUAGUCUCAAAUAAAAUGUACCAGUAUAAGUUGUACACUGUUGAUUGCUUCAUUUAACUUAUCAAUUACUUUAGAGUGUUUCCUAGGUAAGAAAAACAAAAUAAUUUAAGUAAAAUGUAUAUUUUAACUUCCAUCUCCCCUUUCCUUAUUUUAAGCUUGACGUUGACAACACCAACAUUCAAACUAAGGCCUCAGCACCUUUUUUAUUUCUGUGUGCAUGGUUGUGCAUUACUGCACUCUCCCAAGAACUUACCCUUAAAUUAAAAAGAGUAAAAUAAAAUCAAAUUUUAAAAAUCUUGAACUGAGAUAUCAUAAAAGUCAGUGGUCUCCCCCCUUCCUCUGUCCCACACAAUGUGUCACUGAAAGUCUCAGGUCUCUGUAGUUGUGUUUAUUUCAUCCAUUUGGUCAAAUAAAGGUAACUGACCACUGUUUUAGCAUUUAUGGAUGUCAAGUAGCUAAAACUAUAUUCUUCAUCUUGCAGGUACCAACAGACAAUGGACCAGGUGCUCUAGCUAUGGUCAACAAAAUUAUAAAUAAACCAUAAUUAUGUCAAAUCCCUUUUACCAAAACUGAACCUGUUUCAUUAUUCAAUAUUAGGGGCUUUGCUUAUUUUCCAAGCUUGAAAGGAAUCAAAUAUUUGAAACGGGUAUUCUAAGCCUGACAUAAUUGAUGUUAAAAAAAGCUUAUCCUACAGUCUUUUCCAUUUAGGGCCUACUAGUUACAGAACUUGUUUGUAAUUGAUAAAAUUCUUCUUCACUUGCUAGUUUGUAUUUGUGAUAAAAUUAAACAGUUUUUGAAAUUUACAAUAAAUAAAACUUAGUAUUUAGUAGUAUUUAGCUUUAAGUUAAUCUAAACUAAAAAAUCUUCUCCAUAGCAAUUGAAAGUAUAUUAAUGGCUUACUACAACUACAACAAACAAAAAAUUUAGGCCUAAUUUAUUUUGAGUUUGUGAAAAUUCUGCAACUGUAAUUGAUGUGAAGAUGUUUUUGUGAGAAUUGGUAAUGAAGUUCCUAGGCAUGUAAAUAGAACCCUAAAAUGUAUUCUGUGUCUUUUAAAUUACUUAUAUUUAUACAGUCAUUUACUUUUUAAGUUGUAAAUUUCAUGUAGUUUUUCAUCAUAAUAUUUUACAAUGUUUUUUUUUAGAUUUCAUUAAUAAAUUAUUCAGUGCCCUUUUUAAUAUUUGUCGACUGAGAAUUAAUAAAAAAUGAAAUUCUAAUCAUGAUUAUGGUUCUAUAUUUCUUAGGUAUCAACUGAAUGUUUAAAUACAUUUGUAUGUCCUAAAUAGCUGAUAAUAAAAAAAAAAAAGAAUUG